CGCUCUCUCGCUCGCUCGCUCACUCGGAGGUCGGUCGGUUGUUCCGCGGCCAUCAGCCGGUCCGUGGGCGCUGGAUUUCAUCGCCUUGAAGAGCGUUUAUUAGCGCUGAGUACGGGAGGAGAGAGGAAGAAGGAGCAGAAGCCCAUGUGGGAGCGAUUUCCAACAAGUCCGGAGGAAAUGCUGAUGUCGAGUGGAUGCCCCCUCCAGAGGUGGUUUGAGCCCUCGCAAUCAUAGAUCCGUCAUCAAGGGAAACACUUUCAUCAUGGCAACCGCCUGCCUCCAGACUGCGCUCCUCGACCCCUCCUGUGGAGGGUGUAAUUACUGAGGGAGGGGCAGUGCGACUGAGUUAAGCAUUCCUGUGAAGAUAGAGAUCAUCCAAACCAUGUAGUGUUCCUUUCUCCAAAGAGGGGGGAGGGUCUACAUUUGAGUCUGAUCCUUUUUUAUUUAUUUCUGCUUAUGAAAUCUGUGGAAGAGAUUUUGUGAUUGCUUGUAUUAAGAGUGUAUGUGGGUGUGGACGUGUGAGGUGAAAGUGACAGAGAGAAAGAAGGAAAGAGAUGGUCCUCCACACCACCCCGUACUCCAGUGCCUGUCUGCACUUCUUGGAUGGCUUGUCGUGGAGCUUGGUGUUUCCCUGCUACUGGUUCCUGGACCGGCUCCUGGCCUCCUGCGUGGCCACCUCGCUGGAAAAGCGUCAGCGCUCCCAGGAACCUUGCUCCUUCCUCACUUUAUGCGUGCUGAUCUCUGCGCCCCUGUACCUGCUCCUCCUCCUCGCCUCCCUGCCCUUUGCCCUGCUGGGCUUCAUCAUCUGGGCUCCCCUGCAAGCUGCCCGCCAGCCCUACCUUUACACCUACUGCAGGCCAGACAAACACCAGGCUGAACAAGGCCAAGCGGGUGGUGGAGUUGGGGAAUGGAGGCCGCAGGGUAGAAGCUUCUGUUUCUGCAGUGCCAAUGUUUGCCUUCUGCCCGACUCCCUAGCAAGGUUCAACAACCUGUCCGACACCCACCGGAGAGCGCGGGAGGUGGGGAAGAGGAUCCACAACGGUGCCAGCCGACCUCAGAUUAAAAUCUACAUCGACUCACCGACCAACACUUCUAUCAGUGCGGCAUCCUUCAGCAGCCUUGCCACCGGUUUCCGCCGUACCUCCUCUUUGGACCAACGUCCAGACCAAACACACACCACCAAUGGCCCAGCCGACACCGAAGCUGAACCCGCCACCGAGUGCCCGAUUCACCCCUCAGGUGCCACCGACUGCCCCGUUCACCCCUCUGCGAGUGACCAGGGCUCUACUGAAUGCCCUGUUCACCCUGAUGGAGCAGACACCACAGCAGACUGCCCCCUCCACACAGCGGGGGCUAAAAGCAGCUCAGACUGCCCCGUUCACACUUCAGGGGAGGCUCCAGACUGCCCCGUGCAUUCCACAGUAGCUCAGAGCGCCCCUGGUCAUCAUGACUGUCCAAUGCAUGGGGAAGGGACCCAGCAGAAGUCCUCCACAGACUGUCCGCUUCACACCUCAGGGGUUCAAAUCAGCAUCAGUGCCCCAGAGCCGGACCCCCAGGAGGAGGACGCAGAGACAGGGAACCAUCGGCCUGGAGAGCAGGGAGGGGCAGAGACGGGCAGCAUGACUGCUUCUCGUGAGUCCCUCACUCGCUACCACGGAAGCGAUGGCGGGAUAGGGAUAUCCUCCAACAAUACCCUCUCUCAUGUCCCACGCACGUCGAUAUUCAAACGCCCAGGUCGAAAACGCCGCCACGGAGAUGAGACAUUUGACCAUGAGAUCUCUGCCUUUUUUCCUGCCAACUUGGAUUUCCUGGCUCUACAGGAGGUAUUUGACCACGGGGCCACGACCAGACUACGGCGCCAGCUGCAUCGCUACUUUCCCUACAUCCUGAGCGACGUUGGGCGGUAUGGCUGGAAAGGCUGCUGCUCCAGGUUCAAAUUCCUGAACAGCGGGCUGAUGCUGGCGAGCCGCUACCCAAUCCUGGACGCACGAUACGAGUGCUACCCCAACGGGAGAGGGGAGGACGCACUGGCGGCCAAGGGGGCGCUGUUUGCCAAGGUUCACGUGGGCACCUCCCACCAGGAGCAAAGAGUGGUUGGAUAUGUCACAUGUACGCACCUCCACGCCAUAGAAGGUGAUGCGUCGGUACGGUGCGAGCAGCUGGACCUGUUGCUCCAGUGGGGGGCGGAGUUUCGCCAAUCUUCAUCCGUACCACCGGAAGGAGAGAAGGUGCUGGAAGACCUGGUGGCCUUCGAUGUCAUCCUGGGAGACCUCAACUUUGACAACUGCUCUUCAGAGGACAAGCUGGAGCAGCAGCACGCACUUUUUACUCAAUACAAGGACCCAUGUCGCCUGGGGCCAGGGGAGGACAAACCAUGGGCUCUGGGUACUCUGCUGGAUCCCAGUGGCCUUUAUGACGAGGAUGUCAGCUCACCUGAAAGUUUACAAAAAGUCAUGGAGAACGAGGAGGGCAGGAAGGAGUACCUGGUGUUUCCUCCCAGUAAGAACCAGUGUCCUGCCAGCAGUCAGAAGGGGAGGAAGAUCCCGCUGAAGGGCAACGGACGCCGUAUUGACUACAUCCUUUACAGCGACGAGGGCCUCCAACAAGACUGGAAACUGGAAAUCGAGGAGUUCAGCUUCGUCACCCAGCUGGCCGGCCUCACGGACCAUCUGUCUGUGGCCGCGCGAUUGGCUGUUUCCACCGGGGAAGAGGAGCCUUAGACUCAUCACCUGAGCUUUUUAUUUAAAUACUGCCAUGGAGGAACAGCAGACAGCCGGGACGAGAAGAAGACGUUACCGAUACGAAGGUGCUCGAGUAGAGACUGAUGGGACGGCCGAAUCAACGCAGGCAGAGGAAGGACCGGCUGAGGGGAGACGAGACUCUGAAGGGGAGAGAGAAGCUAGAAAGAUAUUCAUCUUCCUGGAUCAGCCACCCACUCAGUCACACACAUUAAGUACAGCACCACCCACAAGAGAUCGACUUCUUGACUGUUGAGUAUCGCCUGGCCUCUCCUCCAACGCGCCCUCUGGAACUGAGUCCACAGGGUUUUAUUUUCAGUGAAUCGUUUCAUGUAGCCAGUAAACGCACUCCUUUUAUCGGAUCUGUUUUAGCCGUAGUGUUAGAAUGAGUUUUUUUAUUAUGGUUAUUAUUAUUAUUCUACCUUCAGGGACAGUUGGAUCCUCUUUGUUUAGUGGCUGUGUAUCAAAGGAAAACACGUAGUUGAAGCAUACAGCUGCUGACUGGCCUUUACACUUGACCGUCUGUGUCUUUGUGUCGUGUUCCUUCCUGAAAGGCUAUUGGUCAGUUUGGCUGUCAGUCAUUCACCUUACUGCUCCCACGGUCAGUCCCAGGAACCUCAACAAGUGUCUUUUUUUUCUAAAUACAACAACAAGUCUUUCUAACAGCAAGUGUACGUUUCUAUUCUGGCUGCACCACUUUUUAUAGGGAGUUAAAUGCCUGUUUAAUAUUCUGUGGUAUGUUUCUAUAACGCGGUAUUAUCUAAAGGGACAGGAGGCUGGACGGAAACGGCUGAAUGCAACGUGAUGCUUACAGCAUGUUUUUUCAGCCAUGACUGCUGAAACCCUUUUUGGCGAGGCUUUGCUGAUGCAUGAUGGGAAAUGGUGUCAGUUUACAAUAUUCAUAUAGAGGCUUGACACAUGCGCACUUGAGUCUCAAGAAGUCAAGGAGCAUUUUGGCUCUCAAACACACACUUGUGUGUCUGUGUGGCAUUCGUGCAUGCUAAUGCUAAUAACACAAACAGAGGAUUUACCCAGUGCAGACACACAGCUGCACACAUCAUGGGAUGUAACAAACCCUCUGGCAGCCAUAUUGCAGGGCGUGGCUGUCUUUGAGAGAGUGGGUGUUGUCCGCUUGUUAGCGAUCAAACCGUAGUAGCUAUCUGGUUGGUAAUCCUUCACUGUAAGCGCGCCUGAUCGGUUCACUCUGGAGAGUCCAGCAUGAAGCCCAGUUAGCACAGCAAGUCGUCCAGUGGAUCAUUGCGUUGACAGCCAUACUGUAACUGCAAAACCUCAUCGUUCUGUAACAUCAACACCUGCAAGCUGUGCAAUAUGCCACGAAACAUGAAGGUCCAAACAGUCCCAAAGAUUAGCACAGAUCACCAAAAAUGCACAGAGUUCAGAUUUUAUUACCCCCCAUACAUAAAUAAUUAAAUAACAGAAACUCUCCUGUUUUUAUUACAGUGUAUCCAGUGUGAAGAAAAGAACAGGACAUUAUCUGUGAAUCAACAGAAAAUGUCUUUUUUUUCUUUAAAUCACGGCACAGAUUCCCGGUGAUGAUUUGCCAGUAAAUUUUCUAUAAUUUUGUUUGAGUUAACACGAAGCCGCGCAGAACUGAAGGUGUUCAGACUGAAAUGAUGUAAAUAUUUAUCACUGAAUAGUUUUUCAGAGAGUUCGAGAAGUCUGUUAAAGAGUGCUGAUUUUUUUUAAUCAGAUUUGACUGAAUCUGUUAUUUUUCUAAAGCGUGUGAGAAAAGAUGGUGAAUAAUCGGGACCUCAGUCACUGAGCAGCCCCAGUCUGUCUGUUAUCUCAGCUCAGUUUAGGAAUUAAUAUCAAAAACCACGACUACAAAAACCGAAGUGCAUACAGUCUUUAAAGGAGAUAGUAAUUAUUAAAAUGAGACGUUAUGAACAAGUUAGCUUCAAUGAACCUCAAUAACUGAGUCCAUUUGUUUGUGGCAAAUUCAGUCAGAUUCACAACAACUCCUUUGUUUUCAGCACCUUCAGAUUUCUGUCUUCUUUGUUAUAAUGUGGGGAAACUGGUCGGAUCCUUUUUGAAAUAUUACACUAUGAAGCCAUCACACCAACUCCCAGUCUGUAGCAGACCGUGGUAUGCAGCAGGAGCUGGGACUGUGUUCAAAGGGGUUUAGAGAUGUGUGCCUACUGAAACUGUCCUGGAGGAAGUCCACGUGUAAAGCAGUUCACUUACAGCCGUCACAGAGGCUAAAGCUAAAGGCUGAUAUUGGUUCAUAUUCAGUCACAGCCUUCUUUCUCCCGUUUCUGCGCCCUCUUCACAUCAUCGUUCUCUACAGUUCAGCACCUUUCUUUGGCUUUUGAAACAAAAACUGUCUCAUUGCUUUUCUGUUGGGUUUUUACUUAAAAUCCAACACAGUGAGCUUAAAGGGGACCAGCUGAACGUCCCUUCAGUGAACUACACUGAGCAAACGUUGUGAUUUAAUGCUUAUAAUUUCACUUUGCCCGUAAUGCCGACAUGGAGCAGCUACCAGAACCACAGGACCGUGCUGCGUACUCAUCCUUUUAGAGAUGUCUGUAAAAAGCCGCACAGUAAAGCCGUCUCUGUGAAUGAGACAUAGGUUACAGUAACAGUUUUCAGGUCCUGUCUGCUACCACGGUCUGCACAGCCAGCAGCGUUUACGACUGUUUUUUCACGCCUGCCUGUCCUGUAAAUCUUUCCCUUCGAGCAUCACUGUCAGGCUCAGUGUGGAUAUGGAAAUGUUGGAGCAGCUUUGUGUGGAUUGUGUUUGUUUUUUUCAGAUGUGCGAGCUGAUAUUUCUCUGAAUACACUGUGCUGAACGAUGCUGAACGAUAACGAUGGCCAGUGCUGCAGUAUGUGUUCACAGACGUGGUGACAGCAGGCUGCUGUGUGUGUGUGUGUGUGCGUGCGUGCGUGCGUGCGUGUGUGUGUGUGUGUGUGUGUGUGUGUGUGUGUGUGUGUGUGUGUGUGUAGCUUGCAGUUUUGCAUACAGUAUGCGUCCACGGUUCACAUGACUGUUCUGACUCUUUAUUACUCACGGUAUUAUGAUUAUUAUGACUGAUGUUUUCUUCUUCUUACUAAGCGUUGAAUCUGUGCUUCACCGUGUUUUUUUCCUUAGAAUAAGUCGGGAUAAUUUGAGAAUAACAGUUGAUUUGUUCAGAGUACGGUCAAACGCCUGAGACCUGGUAAAUGUAAAUACACCACAGCGUGUGAGGGAGGAGCCACAGUGUCCCUGAGAAUAAAUCCAGGCUCUGCAGAGGUACUGUGUUAGCCGAUGUAAACAUUUAUUUAAAACCUUUAUUUUUCAACUGUUGUAUUUAUUCCAUACAAUUAUUUGUAAGAACAGAGACAAACAGUGGGUCUAAUGUUGUAUUUUAAACGCUGGACUGUGAAGGUUAUUCAUUCAUUUUAUAUUUGAAGUUUUAUUUGUUUUACUAAUUGUUCUGUUUUAUUUUUAAUAUUUUUUUAUUUAAAGUUCAAAGGUGAGGGUAGAAAGAGCGUUUUGGGUUGUGUGGGUGUUGAGCCUCAGCCCUAUUACACAACAGCAGUGUGGUGACAUUUCAGUCGCUCGGGCGUUAACUUAGCAGUGGGAGGCAAGUAUGACCUCAUCCUGAUGGACGAUCCUGUGAAUUCGUUCUAAGGUCUGUGGCAGAAAAGCCUGAGUGAGGAUCCAUUAAAGCUGAGUUUUUGGGCCUGUUAAACACUCUGAAGCUGGUCUGCUGUUUGGUGCUGGGCCACAGACUGUAUAUAAAGAUGGACAAAUAAUAUGUCCGCUUCCAUGAUGGGCACUUACAUCUAAUGCUGUCGAUGCAAUAAAUGACCAGAGUCUCUGUUGUAGUGAGUAGAAGUGGAGCCAACUGAUUUGGCAGUUCAAAUUUGUUUUGUUUUUUUGGAGGUCAUCAAUAUGAGCGUCCCUUCAAACAUUACACACAAUUUUUAUUACAUAGAUUUUAGAAAUAUAGAUAUUUUUCCUCCACACUCUAUCCCAAAACAAAUUUCCUAACUGAAGAGGAAGCCCAUGAUCCUCAGACACAAAAAUAUGGAAAUUUGAAGAAAUUAAAUAAUCAUAAAUAUAUAAUAAAUAGUAAUGAUUAGAAUGUUGAAAUGAAACAACUAAAGUGACAUGAUAAUAAAUUACUAUAACAAAAGAAAGUGGGCCUAGUUCCAAAUUAAUAACAUCACAGAAGCAUGGUUAAUGAGUUAAAGCUAAAAAAAAAGAGUUGUACAGUUAUAUUUCUUCUAAUGCUGAGAUCUUCAUUCAUAUGACACAGCUUGUUUCAAACAGACAUCCUAGGGCUCAUAAUUUAUUUGGAAAUUCUAUCUACAUUAAGCAAAUGGACCUGAAUAUGUCUACUUAUAUAAAUAGAUACUUCUGUAAAGGUAACUAGAAGUGGUUUAUUAGGAUAGAUUGUGAAAACAAUGAUGUUUCCUACAGUUAAGUGUUAGCAUGAAACGGUGAUGUGCAGAAGACAAAUCUACAGAUAUUGUUCUAAACUCAGGAUGAAGAUGGAUUUUGGAGGUGCUCUGGUACACGCUGCUGCCAUACAAAAUAAAAGCUUAGGCCUGUUUUUCUCUUUACCUGCGAAUUAAAAUGAUGGAUUGGUACAAUAUUCUAAAGGUAUGGGUAAAAUUAUGAGUCUAAAACAAAAUUCAAAGUCCUGAUAUUUGAGUGCAACAUUCAAAUCUCUUCAUUCACUAUGAGACUUGUAAUUAUAUUUUUGUAGAAAGAAAUUAUGAUUGAUUACUUGGACUUUCAGUUACAUUGUGGUGAUGUCACUGAUCUAUAAAUAACAGUGUCAUCAGCAUAUAAUCAAAUAAACAAGAACCUGAUAGAUGGUAAUACAUAACGGUCAUGAUAAAUAUUUCUACAUUGUUCAACCCUCUGAGGUUUAAGAACCUCGAUGCCUUUCCCAAACUCUGUGCUAUCUGUAAUAUCUGGCUUUUGAAAAUGGAACCUCUUGAAAAAGUCUUCAGGAGACAAAGAAACAUCCGGGCUGGUUACGUUUCAUUAUUAAUGAUCUUUAAUAACUUUAACCCUCUGAAAUCAUCAUCAGCUCCAAAUCCUAACAAUAAGUUUUGGAGAAAAGCAAAAAAUGUGAAUAGUUUUUGAUGUUUGUCACCUGAUUGCCAUGACUCUGGACAAAUAGAAAUAAAUUGAUUCUUUUUUUUUUUUCUGAUAACACAGGGUUAGGGUCACCACAGACGUCAGUGAAAACAGUACAGUCUGAACUAGGAACAUGAAAUUGUAAGUGGGAGCACAUGGCACCACUGCACCGCUGCUCCUGACAGCCAAGCAGCCAGUAUCAGCCUGUGAAUGAUUAUCUUAGGCUCGUUAGGAGCUUCACCCACAGCCACACAAACCCUGACUGUAAUGAUGAGUCGGUCAUCACAACACAACCAGGACCACCUUCCUCACUUCAGCCCUUUAAAAACAAACAGGACAAAAUGUAAUGAUGGUCAGCUGAUUUCAAGUGACAGGAAUGUAGGCACCAAAAUAAUGUACAUCUCCCAACAUAUGAGCAGCUGUUACAUCCUGCUGCAGCAAGAUGCCCAAAACUACAGAUUACAAAGACUAAAGAUGAGCGUGAGCACCGUGCUUUGGUGCACAUGUGGUGAAUAAUUUACUCACGCAUUGUUGAGGUGUGCUAAACAGCAGGCCAGGUAAUGUCUGUAUGUCUGGAAUGAUUUUGCUACAUUUCUGAUCUCUAAUCACUGCCUGCCUUGUGCCCGAGUCAAGUUCAGGACAAUUAUUCACCGCGGAGUUGAGCUCGAACCUUUUGUAGCUGCAUGUAGUGUAAUACUGCUUUAGGCUUGUAGUCUCUGUAGAAGUGAUGCUUCUCUUUGCAAUCCUUUUCUGGUUUGAUUUUUUUCUAUCAUUUGUCUCCAUGUUUUUUGAUUCUUGUCUUUUUGGGGGGGGUAUCGACGGGUUUGUCCGGCUCGGUCUCUGUAAUUUGGCUCCGGGGAUCAAUCGCUUUUCUCUUUCUAGGCUUCUUCAACAAAACUGCUUAUUUUCCUGCUUUUCUAAAGAAAAAGAUCAAAGGAACUUUC